GAAACUCAGGGAGUCAUUCAAAACAGACUUUGUAGUCAGUUCAUACAUUACUACUUUCUGAUUAUUACAGAGGAACCAUGUCUCACCACUCCGCUCAUAGCCACUCUGUCUCAGGACACAAGAAAUUCAGUUCAUCAUCUGCUUGCUUACCCUCAGUGAGCAAACACAGUGCUAGUUCUUUCACUUCGAAGAAAGUGUCCAUAGGUCACAAAGUUCUGCCAAGUUUUAGUAGCAAGAGCGUGUAUAGUGUUGUGUCAGGUGGACACAAGAUAUCUGCUGGAGGUUACAGAUCACUUCAUAGAGGACAUGGACAUGGAGGAUCUGAUAUUGGACAUGGAUAUUUUGGAUCCAGCUAUGGAUUUGGAGCACCAUUUUGCCCUGGAGGUAUCACCUCUGUCACAGUGAACCAAAGUCUGCUGUCUCCUCUCAAUUUGGAGAUAGACCCACACAUCCAGAGAGUCAGGACAGAUGAGAAGGACCAAAUCAAAGGUCUCAACAACAAGUUUGCUUCCUUCAUUGACAAGGUGAGAUUUUUGGAACAACAGAACAAGAUCCUUGAAACUAAAUGGACUUUGCUGCAAGAGAGAAAACCUAUUAAACACAACAUUGAACCUCUGUUUGAGGCUUAUAUCAGCAACCUCAGGAGACAGCUAGAGAGUCUGGGAAGUGAAAAGGCCAGCCUUGAGUCUGAACGACGAACCAUGGAGGAGGCUGUGGAAGAUUUCAAGAAAAAAUUUGAAGAGGAGAUCAACAAGCGCACUGCUGCAGAGAAUGAAUUUGUUGCACUCAAGAGGGAUGUGGAUGUUGCUUUCAUCAAUAAAGCAGAACUUCAAGCAAGUGUGGACUCAUUGACUGAUGAGAUCAACUUCCUGAGAGCUCUGUAUGAUGCGGAGAUAGAACAACUGCAGGCUCAAAUUGCCGAUAUUUCAGUGGUUGUGUCCAUGGAUAAUAGCAGACAUCUGGACAUGGACCGUAUUAUUGCUGAAGUGAAAUCUCAGUAUGAGGAAAUUGCGAACAGAAGCAGAGCUGAAGCAGAAGCCAUGUACCAAUCAAAGUACGAGGAGCUGCGUCUGACAGCAGGUAAACAUGGUGAUGACCUGCGUAGCACUAAACAUGAGAUCGCUGAACUUACCCGACUUAUCCAGAGACUCAAAGGAGAAAUCGAGAGCAUAAAAGCCCAGCGUUGUAAACUGGAAGCUGCUAUAACUGAGGCAGAAGAACGCGGAGAAGCCGCUAUCAAAGAUGCCAGGAACAAACUUUCUGAAUUGGAGGCUGCUCUACAGAAGGCCAAGCAGGACAUGGCUCGCCAACUGCGAGAAUACCAGGAGCUGAUGAAUGUGAAACUGGCUCUGGAUAUUGAGAUCGCCACCUACAGGAAGAUGCUGGAAGGAGAGGAGGGCAGAAUUGGUCAAGAUGGACAUGACUCUGUUAGCAUAUCUGUGAUCAGCAAUACUACAGGAUCAGCACACGGUGGAAGUGGCCAUCACCACAAAGGUGGAUUCAGCUCUUCUAGCUAUGCCAAAGGAAAACAUGGUCAUCACUGUUAAAUAGUUGCAGCUCUGAGUUCAUCAGCCCUACAUACAGUGUUCACUGUUUGUUUGUUUUUUUUUUUGCCAAAAUAUAGAUUAAAUCAUUUGCAUUUUGCAAGCAUCUCUUAGGUGCUAUCUUAUAAUUGCUUUGUCUCUGUAUGCUCAGUUUUGUGGAAUGGACAUAUGUUUCAGACUCAUCGAUAUUGGAAAAUUUUGAACCUUGUUUUAAACACCUUAAAUCUAUACUCUAAAUCGAUACUCUAUAUGAAUUGUUGAUUCUAUAUUUUUUCAUCAUACUCAUCAAAUGUUACUUUGAAUGAAAGAAAAUAAAAACAUUCAAGAAUUAUCUACUAUAGUAUCAUUGAAUAGUAAUUUAGCUAAGCUAAAACCUCAUACAUGUUCUAUCUGAUAUUUAUGAUUAAAAAAGUUAAAUGUGUGUCCUCCCCCAAAAAAAUUGAAUGUCACAUUUAUUUCUUCUUAAUUUGUUGUUUUCUGCAUUGCUGUACUUUCAAAUUAAACUGCAUUUCAAAUGAUAA